UAGCAGUCGCCUGUCGCGCCUUCCCCCAGUUGAGUGCCUUUCUCACACAAGCUACUGCUUCGGCUCUUCCUCUUUUCUCUUUACUCCUCUCCUUCUCUGCUUUUUUGUUUGUUCGUCAGCAGCGCGCGAUCGCUGUGAGCUACUGAUCCGCCGCUGCUCAUCCGAAUCGUCCUUCGAGACCUUCGAAAGUGUCUUGAAGACACCCCAAAAAGACGGCUACCCGUCACAGUUUGAGCGAAUAAGUCGCUGGAACCACUGCGGCCGCUGCAGUCUACACUCGUAGGAAAAGGAACUGUUGCCAAUACCGAAAUCCGGUGCUGAAUUUUUCGUCCGCUCCACUUUCUGCCAGCAAAGGAAGAAGAUGAAGCGCCACCUAAGCGACUCCGAACCCGACAUGUGCGACGAUUAUGACGAGUGUUCGAGGUGAGCGCUGACUCGGAUCUGUGCGCUAGCUCCGCCUGGCGGCUGGGGGCGAGCGGGGAGUCCCGGAUACCGCACAUGUCGUGUCCAGGAAGAAGCGUCGCGGGAUCAUUGAGAAGAGGCGCCGUGACAGGAUCAACACCAGUCUGGUGGAGCUGCGAAGGCUUGUUCCCGCUGCUUUCGAGAAACAGGGCUCUGCUAAGCUGGAGAAGGCCGAAAUCCUCCAAAUGACCGUCGACCAUGUGCGUCAUCUUCACCAGACUCGUGAUGCCCGCGGAUUCACAGACCCAUACUCUGCUUACGGGAACACACGUGCUUUUCUCGACUAUCGCCUCAUGGGUUUCAGGGAGUGUGCAGCCGAAGUGAGCCGCUAUCUCAGCAGCAUUGAGGGGAUCGAUGCAAAAGACCCGCUGCGUUGCCGCAUCAUGGGACACCUUGAGAACUUUAUAGCCCAGCGAGAGCUCGCCAUCAAUGCAGCCGUCGCUGCUAACGCUCAACUGGGACUGCCAAAUGUUCUCCCGCCACCUUCCAUUGCUCUCCCCACUACGCUGCCAGCCACAUCGAUCCAAUAUGGCCCUCUCACUCCACCUCGUGCGUCCCCCGACCACCUCUCGCCACCGGCCAGCAUCGACCGCUCACUCCCGCGGUUCAACAUAGCCUUCCAGACCCCAAUCUUCUCCUUCGCGCCAACGGCAACCAUUCCCGUUAUCGGAGCCAACCCGUCCGGUUUCAAACCGGUUCCUACGACUGCUACUGCGGCCUCCAUCUGCAGUGCCAACAAGCCCCCAGUGACAACCGGGACCGUUCUGACCCCACUCAACCCCCCCACAACCGUAAUCAAAAUGGAACCCUUCCCCCUUUCUCCACCCGACAGUGGAAAACUCCCGACGAAGGCCCCGUUUCGCCCAUGGGCCGACACCACGAACGACUCUUGAACGCAACACGACCGACCACAAGCGACAGAAUUGACACGGACAGUUAUGUAUGACUGAACGUGCAGACAGACAAGACAGGAGCAGCCCCUGCUCCGCAGCAACACGAGAUUUUCGAUCUAUGAUCAGAGAGACACGCGCCAACCAUAUAUCGUGACGGAGAUCAACCAAUGAAGACAACAAAUUCAAACUCACACAAUUACAGUACUACAACCAAGCCAAGAGACAAAUAAAUUCGACAAUUCAACAUUCGCUGAUUCUCAACUCCUUUCUCUUCUUUUUUUCUCUUCUUCAAGGCACAACCACAACAACCGAACAGAAGUGAUUCCUUCGUGUUUCACGCAACGGAAACCUCCUCCUCAAGACAUGACCACGUGGUUUUCUAUUAUGGAACCACUUUCAAACCCACACUGUGACUUUAUAAUCCCCACGUUAACGUUUUCGACUCCCAACUUUUGAACAUUUCGAACUAACACAGGUUUUGACAUUGUGUAUAAACCUACACGCCUCGACCAACCCAACAGAUACGAUAUUCACAAUAUUCAUCCGUAUGCACAAUCAGGACUGAUUGUCACUCCAUGGGGUUAUUGUUUUACGUGUAAACCUGCAUAAAAUAAAUGUUUGUGUAUGCGAAAUAAUUGUUUUGUAACGUAGUUGUCAUUUUCCCCACAAUUUUUGUACUGCCUUAUGUAGGGUUAGAGCAGUUAGAGCUGCAGAUGUUCUCAAGUGUGUAAUUCCCAAAAUUGUCAGUGAUAUACAACAUCAUUUAUAACCAACUGUUGUUGUCAUGUGAAGCUUUCAGUGCAAGCAUUAUUUGAAGCGUCAAAAGUGAGAUUGAUUAAUCGUGUUGGGAAAAUAAUGAUGAGUGCAAGUGUACUUUGCAUGAGUGCACACAUUAUCACAUUUCAUUUACAU